AUGGGUUGGACAGCGGAGAAGCAGUUUGUAGGUCGAGUUGAAAUAUCAUUAAAAUUCUUCAUGUUCUUUGACUAUUGUUCUUUUGACCCCAUUUUAGCUAACCAAGUUGUCGAGUUUACCGUGUGCAGCUGGAUACUUACUAUUAUCGCUUACAUAGUAGUUGCCUUCACAUUGCCACUUUCUGCUUGUCUUUGCAUAAAGGUUGUCCAAGAAUAUGAGCGUGCAGUUAUAUUUCGUCUGGGUCGGCUCAUGCCUGGAGGUGCAAAGGGGCCAGGUAUAUUCUUCGUCCUUCCAUGCAUAGAUUCUUACAAAAAAAUUGAUUUGAGGAUCCUGUCAAAAGAUUCCGUCACAGUAGCUGUUGAUGCAGUCGUAUAUUUCCGCAUCUCCAAUGCGACUAUCUCAGUAACAAACGUGGAGGAUGCUUCACGGUCAACAAAGUUGUUAGCACAGACUACACUUCGGAACAUCCUUGGAACCAGGACAUUAGCGGAAAUGUUGUCGGAUAGGGAAGCAAUUUCUCAUCAAAUGCAGUGCACUCUUGACGAAGCCACGGAUCCUUGGGGGGUCAAAGUGGAGAGGGUGGAAGUGAAGGACGUCCGGCUUCCAGUGCAGCUCCAACGUGCCAUGGCUGCAGAAGCUGAGGCGACCAGAGAGGCCGGAGCGAAGGUCAUUGCUGCUGAAGGAGAACAGAAGGCGUCCCAAGCGCUUCGCGAGGCAGCUGAGGUGAUUGCUUCAUCUCCCUGUGCAAUUCAACUACGUUAUUUGCAAACGCUCAAUAGUAUUAGUGCUGAAAAGAAUUCUACCAUCAUAUUCCCGUUUCCAAUCGAGCUUAUACAUAAUUUUUUCCACUCUAAAGUUGAGAAGAAUUUGUAG